UAACUCACCAAUGACCUCUAUAACUGAAAUAAAAUCUCCCUUCUUCUGUAUUCAAUUUCCCAACUAGUAAACAACAAAAUAAUCUGUUAAAUUCCCAAAAUGCUUUGGGAAAAUAUCUGUUCUACCAGCAUACUAGUCUUUAGCAAAUUAUAUAUUUGGAUAUGCAGAUCCUGUUGUGUCUCAUAAGUCUGUAAUUUUUCACCAUUUGGAUUACAUUAUUUUUUUUUAACUUUUCCGCUACCUGAUCCGCUCUCAGAUGGCGGACCUGAUCACCGUUGGGUUUCUUGUCGGCUCCUUCUCGGCUUCGGUGACCAGCCUGCUCGCCAUAACCAUCGACCGCUACCUGUCGCUGUACAACACGCUCACCUGCUAUUUCAAGAGGACAGUGGUUUUACAUACACACUUGCUGGCGACGGCCUGGGGUGUCUACAUCUGCUUGGAUCUGAUCCCCAUCCUCGGCUGGAACUGUCUCAGCAACCAGUCUACCUGAAGCAUCGUCAAGCUUCUGACCAAGGCCAACCUGACCGUCCUCUCCAUCUCCUUCCUGGUCAACUUUGGCCUCAUGCUUCACCUCUACAUUAAGAUCUGCGAGAUAGUGUGUCGCCACGCUCACCAGAUCACAUUCCAGCAACACUUCUUCGCCACCUCUUACGCCAUGAGUACCAAGAAGAGCGUCUCUACCCUGGCCAUCGUCGUGGGCACCUUUGGUACCAGUUGGCUCCUGUUCGCUAUUAACUGCCUGGUCAGCCACCAGGACUACCCGGCGGUGUACACCUACGCCAAGCUCCUGCCGGUCACCUACAAUUCCAUGAUCAACCCCAUCAUCUACGCCUUCAAGAACCAGGAGAGACAGAAAGCCACGUGGCUCCUCUUGUGCGGUUGCUUCCAGUCUAAUACCUCCUUGCACUCCAGGUCACCCAGCAAGGUCUAGACUUUCGGGGACUCUUCUGGGAUUUAAUAGGAACCCGAGGGGUAACUUCUUCACACAAAGGGUGGUGGGAUGUAUGGAACAAGCUGCCAGAGGAGGUAGUUGAGGCAGGGACUAUCACAACCUUUAUGAGAUAAACAGACAGGUACAUGGUAGGACAGGGGAUAUGGGGAGAAGGCAGGAACGGGAUAUUGAUUGGGGAUGAUCAGCCAUGAUCACAUCGAAUGGCUGCGCUGGCUCGAAGGGGCGAAUGGCCUACUCCUGCACUUAUUGUCUUGUCUAAGUUAACAUUUCCCCCCAUAUAAUUCUUCAUUUGUCAGAUUUGUUCACUCGCUUAACUAAUUAUAUCAUAUAUAACCAGAUAACAAUUACAGCACGGAAACAGGCCAUCUCGGCCCUACAAGUCCGUGCCGAACACUUAUUUUCCCCUAGUCCCAUCUACACAAUCAUCCCACUACCAAAAAAGCCUGUUAUCAGCGGCCUUAACGACUACCGACCGGUCGCUCUCACACCAGUCAUCAUGAAGUGUUUCGAGAGGCUGGUCCAGCAGCACAUCAAAGCCAGCCUCCCGCCCACCUUCGAUCCACACCAGUUUGCCUACAGAGCAAAUAGGUCCACUGAGGAUGCCAUCGCCACUGCUCUUCACACUGCACUGACCCACCUUGAACACCAGGGGAGCUAUGUGAGGAUGCUUUUCAUUGACUUUAGCUCUGCCUUCAAUACCAUCAUCCCCAGCAGACUGGUCACCAAACUCAUGGAUUUAGGACUCUCCAAACCCAUCUGCCUCUGGAUCAAGGACUUUCUGUCUAACCGCCCCCAG